AUGGUCAAGGACAAGGACGGCGACACUGUCGCUACGUUCAAUGGGAAAUGGAUAUCAUAUUCGCAUACCGCCAUGGCCUACUGUGCCUUUGUCGGAGCCCUCAUAGUCGGAAUAUGGCUACACUACCACAAGAUUGUGCAAAACGAGUUUUAUGGUUACCCAGAUGAAUGGUUUCCAUCCGUGUCCGCGACCAUCGGCGACCGCUACCCGGAGCGUUCGGUCUUCAUGCUCUUCAUCGCCCUGACAUCUGGCCCAAGAUUCGCCCUCGUCGGCCUUUGGUACAUCUUGACCCGCCGACCCAACUCGUCCCUCCCCAAGUUCAUCGCUGGCGUCGGCAUCUUUCGGACCUUGACCUGUGGAGGAUGGACAUAUGUGACUUCUACCGACGACCACGACUGGCACGACAUUUUCAUGAUUUCAUACCUUGUUGCGACGCUACCGUGGACCCUGGGCUGUGUUGCUCUGAGCCCUAAGAACCCCACUGCCCUCAAGUACCGAAAGGUCCUUGCUGGCAGCUUCUUCGGAACUCUGGUGCCGUUGAUCUACUUUUUCAUCCAGCACAAGGUGCACCGAGUGGCUGGAGCAUAUACCAUCUACGCUUUCUUCGAAUGGGCACUGGUCUUGCUCGAUGUAGGCUUCGAUGCCGUCACGAUGAUCGAGUUCCAACACUUGGAGGUUGUCAUAAAGGAUGUUCGAGGUGUAUCUCGCCUUGCGGGCUCCAAGUCGACAUCCGACAGUAUCCAGGAAAAAAACAAGGAAAUGAGCGCGACCUUUUCAGGUGCCUUUUCUUGGUUUGGACUCAUCUAUGCUGCUGCAGACGUGUACAACGGCUUUGUCUUUUGGUCCAUGCUGACUUCACUCGGUGUCUGCGUCUGGUACUUCCCUCUCUGGCACAUGGGUAUCUCUGGCUACGAGGCCUUGGUCAUGUGCACCGUCACCCCCUUCUUCCUCGGCAUCAAGCCUCUCCGCUAUCUGGCUACUCGCUACGUCUGGCUUUUCCACCUGCUCUCGCUCUCCGGACUUCUCGCGUUUCUUGCCAAGACACCCGUCAACCGACUCUUUGCCGUUGGCUUCGGUCUGUCAAUGUCAUGUAUCGCAUGGUCUGCCACCUUCUAUGCCGAACGGUCUCAACCCCACCGCCUUGAAGCACGCAUUUCCGCUUUUGCUAUUGGUCUGAUCGCCUCUAGCAUUGCGAAGUUUGCCUUUUGGACCAACAACCCGAUUUGGCCAAUCAUGCACGAGGCAAACGGCGGAUGGAACAGGACUGGAUUCGUAGUAGCUCUCAUCUCGAUACUCAUAUCGACCAGAUCUACCGCCAGUUCUGGCGCAGAUGUCCCAGCUCAAGGCCCUACCAAAGGGUCUUCUGUCUUUGCGAGCUUUGGCCUCGCGGGUGUUAUGUUCGCCAUGCACUCGCUCCUCUCCGAUUCGAGCACGAUGAUCUCUUGGGUAUGGGAAGGCUACCCUGUUCGGGGUCCACUGGCUGUACCCCACGGCACCCUGACUCUUCUAGCCAUGGGCCUUGGUCUUAUGAUUGGACUAUUUGCGCCCAACCUCUCAAGGUCAUGGGCCUUUUACGGCAUAGGCUCUAUCGGUGCCGCCGUUUUGACAACCACCAGCCACUGGACUGGUUUCUAUGGAGCCUUGGUCCUCGCCAUGUACACCAUGGCAGCAGCACCUGUUCUCAUUGCCCAUGCGGCGCGCCACUCACCAGGCCGCACAUUCGGUCUCGGAUUCUUGGUGUACAACUUCAUGGUUCUGUUCCACGUCUGGGUAGUAGCGUACGCGUUCGUUCCGGGCGGACCGCUUGUUCGCGAGCACACAGACUGGGUUAUGACAGCCAUGAUGCUUCAGAUUGGUGCCGGUAUCUUCAGUGUCUCCGCUCAGCCGCCAGCACUCAAGAGCUACAAGGGCAAGGCGGUCAUCACGGCAGCUGCCAGUAGGCAGCGAUCUUACUACCUCUACGUUCUAGGUGCUCUAGAGUUGAUCGCCAUUGCCACCGCCUACCUACGCUUCCCGUCUUACGACUACAAGCCAUAUCACCCGGAGACCAAGUCCAUCACAGCUGGCAUCUGGACCAUCCACUUCUCCCUCGACAACGACAUGUGGUCUUCAGAGUACCGCAUGCGCGACCUCAUCAAGGAAAUGGAAGUCGACGUCAUCGGACUCCUCGAAAGCGAUCUGCAGCGCAUCAUCAUGGGCAACCGCGAUACAACGCAGUUCCUCGCCGAAGAUCUGGGCAUGUACGUCGACUUCGGCCCAGGCCCCAACAAGCACACAUGGGGCUCGGCACUGCUCUCCAAAUUCCCCAUCGUAAACUCAACCCAUCAUCUUCUCCCCUCACCCGUCGGCGAGCUUGCCCCGGCCAUCGAAGCUACUAUCGACGCCUACGGUGAGAUGAUUGACAUCUUCGUCUUCCACUCGGGCCAGGAAGAGGACCCCGAGGAUCGCCGCUUACAAUCAGAAUACCUGGCUGAACGCAUGAAAGCCACGCCGCGUCCCGCCAUCCUCCUCUCGUACCUCGUCAUCAAACCCGGCGAGGGCAACUACAACACGUACGUGGGUGAGAAGAGCGGUAUGAAGGAUAUCGACGCGUCAGACUGGGACAGAUGGUGCGAGUACAUUCUCUACAAGGGCCUGAAGAGGAGUGGAUAUGCCCGUGUUUCCAGACAUACCAUCACGGAUACCGAACUCCAGGUUGGUAAAUUCGUUGUUGGCGAGCCGGAGAACGGAAACGAGCUGCUGCAUGAGUCGCAGGUUCCUGCUGGGUUGAGGUUCCCGGAGCUGUUCAAGGGCCAAGGUGUCAGGGGGCAUAGGUAUCAUGUCUUCAACGAGCCUAGAUACUAUGCUUGA